CUAUGAUAUAACUGCUGCGAGUUUUUAAUGUUGUCUGACUUACACAAAAAAGUAUAUAAAAACAAGAAAAAUUAUUAUUCUGGCUACAGUUAAUUAAGAGAAACAUUAAUAAAAAGAUUACCAAUUAAUUUUCAACAAAAAACCAAUAUCUCAAACAGGAACAAUGGCGACACAAUUUUGACAGAACUGCAGCUGGCUGUCAUACAACAGAACGGAAUUCGCGAGCACGGGUUUUAUUUUCGUUGAGAUACCAAUAAAGACAAGGCUUUCAAUAGUAUUGAUAUGGUUUACUGUACCCGACGAUUUGCGGCGAACUUGCAAAAAAGCUUGAACGACUUGUAAAAUGGAGCAGCACGACGAAAUUAAAUCCGGUUGUUUGUUGUUCCCUCCCGCCGGAGGGAAUGUGUUUAGUAAAUUUCCUAAGAAGAAAAAUUGGCAACAAAAGUACUGUCUGCUUCUAAACUCCAGCAAGCAGGGUAUUGAGCGAUUGGAGAUAUAUGAUAAUAAGGAUGACAUAAAUACAGGUGCCAUCCCCAAGAUUAUUACCCUUGAGAAUUGUAUUAAGAUAACACAUUCUAGUCCAAACAUUAUCACUGUACUUACUAAGUCACAUACCCAGCAGUUCUGUGCUCAAUCAGAACUGGAAACAUUAGAAUGGGUGAAAGCGCUGCAGUCUGUUGCAUUUAAAGGCCGAGACACAAGUCCAGUUCGCUGUGAUGAGGACAAUGACCUCUACUGUUCGUCAGGAGAAGGAGUAUUUUCAGUCAAAUUGUGUCCUUCUGAUGCAUCAAUAAGGUGUGGUCUGGAGCCGAUGAGGUACCUGCUACUCCUCACUACAACUGCCAUUGAUUUAAGGGAUGUAAAUGACAAUAAGCUGUAUGCUACUUGGCCAUAUAGAUAUAUAAGACGUUAUGGUUAUAGACAGGGUAAAUUCACAUUUGAGGCAGGAAGAAAAUGUGACACUGGAGAAGGUAUCUUCCAUCUGGAGCAUCCUAACCAAUCUGAGAUAUUUAAGUGUGUCUCAUUGAAGAUGAAAACCAUGAAGCAGAUGAUUGGCAGUGAUUUAAAUAGUCCAGAACACAGUGAAUUUAAUUUACAGGCUGGUGCAAAUUUAUUCCCUGGAUCUAGGAGUCCCCUAGUGGCUGCCAGGCCUGAUGAUUUAAGCUUGAGUUCUCUUUCAUUUAAAACUGCACCUUCAAGCCAGCAAAGCUCAUUCUCUGAAAGAGAUAGUGCACCUCUCUUAAUGCCUAAGCCAGCAUUAAAGCCUAAACCACAAAAACCUCCUCGAAAAAUUAUCACCAUGCCCAAGGCCCUUGUGAAAGAGUUAUGUAGUUCAACAGAUGAAAGCAUAGAUUUUGGAAGAUAUAAAAAACUUGAGAAUUAUGAGCCAAUUGAUCAAGUGAAAAGAGACCCAAGCCCUCCUUCUGUGCCAUAUGACAAGGUGGAAGUUCGUAGUGAAGCUUGGAAAACUCUGGGCAUUGAAGACCCUGACCACACUGAGUUUACACCUAAUUUGGGUGACAACCCUAACUGCCUGAAACUUAUAUCAAGAUCACAAGAUAAUUUGAACACUUCUGGCCCAGAAGGUUCUAGAAUUAUACUGUUACCAAGUCCAAUGGUUGAUCCAGAGGAUGAAAACUAUGACAGACUACAGUAUUUUGGUUCUACAAGUAAGUUGAAUAAGUCUGCAAAGUAUAAGAAGGUUGAAGCCCGUCCAACAACAUUGAUUCCUGGGGAUCAAAAGAGUAAAGAUACUUGGAAUGAUUAUGAUGAAGUGGAGAAUGUGAUGCAGACUGCAAGAUUGGCUGAUGAUUCUCAUCUGGGAUAUGGUAUGAUACGGAAACCGAAUGCACCAGGGCCUCAAGUACCCACUGCUGCACAAGCUCAGGCUCUGCAAAAUCAGGUCAGUUUGGAAGAGGUCAACCAUAACACAUGUAAUGGGACUGACUAUGCAGUUAUUAGCCGUCCAAAAAGGGUGUAAGGUUACUUUUAAACUGUUAUUAUUAGUAUUACAGCGAAUAUUAUACACUAAGACUGAUUUUUUUUCGAAAAUUUGAAUAGGAAGAGAUUAUCGUGGGUAAACAUUUAGAUGAAAAUAUUCAAAAAUGUAUAUGUUAUGAAUUAUACUUAAAAUGACAAGAAAUUACUAUUUGCAUUCCACUUUUUACUUUCCACAAUUUAGGUAAGUGCUUAUACAUUUUAUAGGUCUAUGUAUAUAACUGUAAGUGUGAUGAAUACACACAAUGUUUAUUUUCCUUAUAUUUAAGAUAUUGAUUUACAGACCAUGUGAUUACACAGUGCCUUAUUGCUCUUAGUAUAAGGACUAAUUCUAGAUUUCUACAGUGACAAGUCUACCAGUUGGUGCCAAUAUACUUUAUAUGUUUAAAUGUAGUGUUAGUGUACCAUAAUUUACUUAUAUUAUGCAUAUAAAGAUCAUUGACUUAAAAAGUAUUUGAUUACCCAUUUCAGUAUUUAGGUUUUAUAGCCUGGUUAUGUUAAUGUCAAAGGUGUCAUAAAAGAUAUAUUUUCAUCAAUUAAGGAUAAGUGUCUAGAGAUCAGAUUAUUGGUAACACUUAUUGGUUUGGUAGUCAUUUUAUUUUGAAAUAAGUGGGACGGAUGUUGCUAUGUUGGAUAUUGACAAUCAGUUGCAAGUACCUGUGCAGCUUCUUUUUCAUUUACUAUAGGAUUAUUAACAUCAUCAGUAGCUAUUGUCAACCAUCUGCUGGGCAUGGGGGCCUACCGCGAAAACCGAAAUUGCGGGGAUCUUUCCCUUUUACUCUCAGUAAGACGUAAUUAGAGUGAAAGAGAAAAAUGCCCACAAUUGACGAACUUCAAUUUUCGUGUUAAUAGCCCAGGCCUCUUCUUUUUGCACAAAUAGUUUGUAAAAUGUGAAGUAGGGUUUAUUCUUGUAAGAGUCCUAUGUAUAGGGUUGCCAUACGUCCUGUAUAUACGGGACGGUCACCGUAUUUAAGUAUUGCGUCCCGUUUUUGUCCUGUAUAUUUAUAUCACUGCAGAAUACCUAUAUAAAUGGUCACAGUCAUCUCUGUUUAACCAACUUGUUUCUUCACAUGUGUGAGUUAAAGCUAUGUGAAUAGCCGGGUCCACACAGCGAGCAUACGUGCGAGGCAAUCUCUUCACGCACAAAACGGCCAGUGUAGACGUGCUUCAGCCGAGGCGGCACACUCGGGCUUGGAAAACGCGCGGUUCGCCUCGGCCGACGCACGUUUACACUGGCCGUUUUCUGUGUAAGGAGAUUGCCUUGUGUAUGCUCGCUCUGUAUGGACCCGGCUAAUACGUAUUUUCCCCCGCCCCCCACACUACCCUACUACCCCCUGCGUUGUCCCAAUCAGUUCAGAAUAAAUAUGGCAACCCUACCUAUAAAAGCAUUCCUGUAAACAAUCAGUAUUUUCACUACACCUUAUAAGUUUUAUGACCUAACUUUAUGCAAAAUCAAUAUGAAAAAAAUCAUUGCUCUUCAUACAUUUCAAUUAUUAAAAUUUUGUCAAAAGUUAUCUUGAAAUUUUAAUACAAUGCAGUGUUACCAAUAUUUUAUUAGGAUUAUCUAUACAAGUAGAUUACCGCACAUAUAGUCUAUGUAUAAUUUUAUUAAAGCCAUAUUAUUGGGACUUAUUUUAUAAACUGAAAAUAUUGAUAAAUAAAAUCAUAAUCCGGUU